AUGUCAAAAUUUAUUAUACCAACAACAUUAAAAGAAUUAAGAUUUCAUUUAUCACAAACUGGUUCAACAUCAAAACCAUUACAAAAUUUUUUAAUAAAAAAUUAUUCAAAUUUAAAAACACAAACAAAAUUUGAAUUACCCAUUUUGAUUAGAGAAAGUUAUGGAAUAUCACCAAGUUUAACUGCUAGAUUUGAAAAGGGGGAAGAAAUUAAAAAGAAUUUAGAUGGAUUAAAUGAAAAUGAAGUUGAAAAUGUAUUUAAUGAAGUAUUGAAAAGGUAA